AUGCGCGCUACUCAACUACUCGCCCUCUCGGGCCUCAUGCUGGCCGGCAAGGUCGCUGUCGCCGCAGAAUUAGACCGUGACGACGUCCCCAAUCGCUGCUGGGACGUCUGCGGACCUGUAGUCAGCACUGCCCACCGAUGCGACGGAAUGCACGACAACGACCGCGCCGAGAUGGAUUGCAUCUGCGACUGGAAACAGGCGCCGUCACUGGUUCCGCUGUGCGAGGCCUGCAUCGCAGACUACCGAGCCGACAGAAACAACUCCAACCGCGAUCGUCACUACGACGAGGAGCACGACCUGUUUGACGACGAUGACGAUGAUGAUGAUGACCGUGACCCGCAUCACAACGACGCAUACGACAUCCUCCGCUCCUGCUCGUUCUCCACCACUUCGUACAACGCCGCAGCCGCUACUUCAGCCCUGAGCAACACCGCAUCUGCCACCGGCUCUAGCUCUAGCUCCGGAUCUCGUACCGGCUCAACCACCGUCAGCACCACGGACUCCAACACCAGCGCCACCUCGACCGACUCAUCGAGCAGCGGUGGCAGCGGUUCCUCCAACGACGACAGCAGCAGCGCCGCCGACUCCAGCCCUGCCAACAGCGCCGACAGUGCACAAACGACCGACAAUGCGGCGCCGGGGUCCUCAGCGCCCCAUGCUGCUUCUUUGGCUGCUGUUGUCGGGUUGGCGUUUGUUGCUUGGCUGUGA